AUGACGACCACCAACUUCGAAUACAGCGCCAAGGAAGUCGCCGCUCAUAGAGAGUCGGACGAUGCUUGGAUGGUGAUCCAUGGCCAAGUCUACGAUGUCUCCAAGUACAUCCAUGAUCAUCCUGGAGGUGCCGAUAUCCUUGUUGAAGCUGCGGGUGCAGACGCCACCGAGGCUUUUGACAAUGCUGGUCACUCAGAAGAUGCUAUCGAUAUCAUGGCAGAGUACAGUAUUGGCAAACUUAAGGGUUCCGGACAGCGGGCAGCUCCUAAGGCGGUGAAGGUCCUCCCCUCACACCCUCCUAAGCCACCAAAGGCGAAGGGCCAAAGUAAUGUCCCAAGAGCACUUGGUGCUGCAGCAGUAGUGCUGGGUGCUCUCGGGUGGUACUGUGCUCCUCACCUUGCCGGUGGCAGCGCUGUUGGCACGUUCCCCAAUGCUCUGGCGCCUUCUCUAGAUUGGUUCAAGGUUGGAGGUUCAAAAGGGCAGAGAUUUGGUUUCUUUGAGGGCGUGCUUGUGGCCUCUGGAGCUUUUGCCGUCGCGGGCACAAUCUUGACGCAGAAGGCCAUGAAGUUGAUCGAUUUUCACGACGGAUUUAUGAGAUAUCCUCCUCAUGCCAAAUUGCCAAAACCAGUCAAAGCAGAGCCUCUCCUUCAACGCGGGUGGCUACACCCUACCACUUAUCAAACCUUGCCGCUCGUAUCAAAGAUACUGAUUGCACCCAACACAUAUCGGUUCAUAUUUGAACUGCCGACUCCGCAGACUGUUCUUGGCUUGCCAAUCGGACAGCAUGUGACUAUUGCGGCAUCCAUCGAUGGCAAGACAGUCAGCAGGUCGUACACCCCUGUGUCGAACAAUGCAGACCAAGGUGUGCUCGAGCUGGUCAUCAAGUGCUAUCCUGAUGGCCUUCUCACCGGCCAGUACCUUGCAAAUCUGAAAGAAGGGGACGAGGUCCAGUUCAGGGGUCCCAAGGGAGCCAUGCGAUACCGACCUGGAGUCUGCAAGAAGAUUGGAAUGCUCGCUGGAGGAACUGGAAUCACCCCCAUGUAUCAGUUGAUACGUGCUAUUUGCGAGGACGAUCGUGACACCACCGAGAUCAGCCUGAUCUACGCCAACCGUACAGAAGACGAUAUCCUCCUGCGCGACGAGCUGGAGGUAAUGGCCAAGAAGUACCCUAAGAACUUCAAGCUCUUCUACCUGCUUGAUAGCCCGCCACCGAACUGGUCUUACGGUAGUGGGUAUGUGACCAAGGAUAUGAUGGCCGCGAGGUUCCCUGCGCCGAGUGCGGACUCCAAGGUCAUGAUUUGUGGCCCCCCAGGAAUGGUCAAAGCAGCAAAGGCAUCAUUGAUUGAUCUCGGCUUUGAUAAGUCUGCUGCGAUGUCUACUAUGCGAGAUCAGAUCUUCUGCUUCUAG